UGGAGAUUUCUAUAAAGGAUGUUCUUGCACCUUACAGCGAUUUGUCGUUAAGCAAAGAAAAAAUAUGGAACACGUUUAUAGUUGAAAAUGAAAAUCUACUAAAUGAACAUGAAAAAAUGGUAGACGAAAUCAACGCAGUUUUUCAGAAAUGGACAUCUGUUUUAGAAAAUAUUUUAACAACACAAGACCGAUUCUUUGCUUGUCGUAUUGAUUUAUACAAAAUUCGAGAACAACGUCAUAAAAUAAAAAUCGAAGUAUAUGACGAUAAUAUGAAUGUAAUUGUUCCGGACAAAGAAAAACAAUUGUACCGUAAAGUUAGUCAACUUGAAACGAAAUUGUUGGAAGCUUACAGAAAUGUAACGUUAAGCAAGAAAACUCUAAAUGAAAUACUUGUUAAGAGCUUAAAGUUCAAAAACGACAUAAAAAAAAAAUUUGAAGAAUAUGUUAACAUCCAAAAGCGAAAAGAAAGAAGGGAGAAAAUGAAAGCGUCGAUGAGCGUGAGAAUCGCAAAGAGUGUGAGAAGUUUUGGACCAUCAAUGUCUAGAUACUUAGGUAUGUCCAAAAGUAAUCUACUGAAAAAGCAAUCAAUAUCAGAUGAAGAUGGUUUAUCAGUUGAAUUUGAUGCUGUAUCUACAAUUUAAAUGUUAAUGAAAGUCUCAAAAGUUUCAAGCACAUGAUAUAUACAUAUAAAAAAAAUCUAAAUUGAAUUUUUAAAAAACUGU